AUGAACCUGAAUUCCAUUCCCAACCGAACCAUCAGGAAACCCAAGUACUCUCCAGUAAUCAAACCAAGACCUCAUCUGAUGGGUAUCACGUCACAAACCGUAUCUAAAUGGAUUCCAACUUUAGGACUUUGGGGUGCAGGUGUAGGUUGUGCUGUGACUCUUUUUGCAUCUGCAAUUCCUAGAUUUCAAAAUGACGUAUUGAAGAACAUUCCAGGAGUGGCUGGUUAUUAUGAAUCUAAAAUUCCAGAAUGUGAUAAACCAUUCUAG